AUGGAUAGCGCUCCCGACGGUAUCGCGCCUCAAGAAUCUGAAAUGCUUUCCUACGACGAUGAUGUUGCUUAUGAACAACAACUCCCGACAGAGGCAGAACGCGCCGCUCAGGCAGCGUCCCUCGCACAACGUAUUGGCACAAGCAAAGUUUAUUUGUUGUCCGAGUCUUCCGCGGCAGCUAGAGCUGGCAAGCAUAAACAGGGCGAGGAUGGGGAAGAAGAUACCGACAAGAUUAUUGAAGAUGAAGAUAUGGACGAGAGUACGGGAGACCUGUCGUACCGCCCAAAUGCCAUUCUUGUCACUGGACCACCCAUCGCACACCUCCCAACAGCACGUCUCUUCGCCUACGCGACUCACUUUGACGCACAUCCAUUGGGGCUUGAAUGGGUCGACGACAACACUUGCGUCUUCGUCUUUGAUUCCCUCAAGGUUGCUCGUGCCGCCUUCUCCCGCUUGCAGAAAACCAUCAGCGAAGAACCUGACAUGGAUGAAUACCUCACCGCCAAGCCUUUCCCCAUCGCAUUGUGGCCUGCGGAAGAGCGCUUGAAGCAGACACUGGGCCAAGGUGAAGGGCUGAAAGGAAUGAUCAGGAUGCGCUGGGCGCGGCCGGAGGACGUGAAGAAGAAGGGUGCGAAGAACGAGAGCCAGUUCUACAAGAAGCAUGGAGAGGGUGCAGGGAAGGAGCUAUUCGAUGGGCGCGAACUACCCCCAGCGAAGAGACGACGAAGGGAUCCGCAUGAGGAUGAUGAGAGGAGACGUGCAGAACUUGACGACGAACUUGACGCGUUCCUCGCUGAAUCUGGCACGGACGAUGAGCGGUCGGACGCAAAUGAAGGCAGAAGACGCAAGAAGCCUAAACUUACUGACCGAUUGGUGUCACCAACCCGCUCGCGCUCUCGUACGCCGGAGGAAGCCGCAUCAGCCUCGCCUCCAUCGAAAAUGCGCUCGGACUACAUCGCCUCUGACGGCCGUACGCUACUCCAGCGGACCUCACUCUUGCGGCUGCACUCGUCUGAUGAACCGCUUGACCUGGCCUCGCGCCUGACUGCGCCGCUGCCACGUCGGGCACGCAGACGAGGCCGCGGUGACAGGGAUAGGGAUACAUUGUCGCCUGUGGAUGUCGACGAUGUGGCGGUGACAGAAAGCGGCCGACCACAACGCGAGUGGGAUGGCGAGUGGGAUAGAGAGAAGAGCGUCAAUGGCCAUGAGUGGCCUCGUGAACGAACGAGAGGUGGUCGCGAUAGAAGGACGCGUCGUGAGCGAGGAGGCGAUAGACCUGUAAGAACGGCCGAGCGCCCAAGGAAGACUCAGCAGGAACUCGACGACGAGUUAGAUGCAUUCCUUCGUGGACACGACUAG